AGAUGAAUCUGCACCAUGGAACACAGAAACCAAACAGGAAUUUCUGAAUUCUUUCUCUUGGAGAUGACAGAGGAUCCUGAACUGAAGUUCAUUUUCUUUGGGCUGUUUCUGUCCAUGUACCUGGUCACCGUCCUGGGCAACCUGCUCAUCCUCCUGGCCGUCAUCUCAGACUCCCACCUGCACAGCCCCAUGUACUUCCUCCUCUCCAACUUGUCCUUUACUGACAUCUGCUUAAGCACCACCACGAUCCCAAAGAUGCUGGCCAACAUCCAGACCCAGACUCAGAGCAUCACCUACACGGGCUGCCUCUCCCAGAUCUGCCUCGUCCUGGUCUUUGCUAGUAUGGAAAGUUCCCUUCUUGCGAUAAUGGCCUAUGACCGUUUUGUGGCCAUCUGUCACCCCCUGAGGUACACUGCCAUCCUGAACAUCCGUCUCUGUGGCGUGCUGAGUUUAUCCUCCCUGUUCAUAGGGAUUGGAGACGCCCUGGUGCAGAGCCUGAUGGUGCUACGGCUGUCCUUCUGUACCGACCAGGACAUCCCCCUGUUCUUCUGUGAAGUGGUUCAGGUCAUCCAGCUUGCCUGUUCUGAUACCUUUGUCAAUGUCAUUGUGAUAUAUUUUGCAAGUGGCAUAUUUGGUGCUCUUCCACUGACUGGAAUCAUUUUCUCUUAUACUAAGAUAGUCUCCUCUGUUUUGAAAGUGCCGUCAGCAGGAGGGAAAUACAAAGCCUUUUCCACCUGUGGGUCCCACCUCUCAGUGGUUGCCUUGUUCUAUGGGGCAGCUUUUGGGGUGUACAUUAGUUCAGCCGUGACUGAAUCUUCCAGAAUCACUGCCGUGGCCUCACUGAUGUACACCGUGGUCCCCCAGAUGAUGAACCCCUUUAUUUAUAGCCUGAGGAACAGGGACAUGAAGGCAGCCUUGAGGAAACUGGUCAGUAGGACGCCUCUUCUGUGA